GUUGCCUGCACACUGCUGGUCCAGGAGGAAGGAGGAAGCAGGAAGAAUGAUGGGCGGGCAGUGCAGAGCCAGGACAAUACAGGUCAGAGGAGAGCAGUGCGGGGAGGUGUGUCCACAGCCGGCCUGUCACAUCCACAGCGCAGGAGACUGCAUGUGAAGAGUAAAGAAGAUUUAUUUCAUACACUGAUGGCACCAUACAGAAGAUGAUAACUGUGACUAGUCCAGCCGCAGACCUUUGUCAAAAGGAGAAUACACAUACAAAUUCCCUUCCUAGCACAACCAAGGAGAACGGACUGCUGGAACUGUCAACCACAACCACGACCAAGAAGAGUCGGAAACAGUCUGAAAACCUUUCAAGAAGAAAUUCCUCAAGGCGAAGCAGGGAUAGUCAUAUAUCUGAUGGAGGUAUACCCGAAGCUGUGACACUGUUUGAAGUUGUCAGCAUUGGCAAAAGAGCAAUACAGUCUGUUGUAGAUGAUUGGAUUGAAGCCUAUCAAGAGGAUAGGGAUGCAGCUUUACUUGACCUUAUUAACUUCUAUAUUCAGUGUUCAGGAUGCCAAGGAGUGGUCACAGCAGAACUGUUUCAAAAUCCAAAUAACAGAGAAAUUAUGCAGAAACUCACUGAGGAGUUUGAUGAGGAAACAGGUUUGCAGUUUAAGAAGUUCAUGGCAUUCCCUUGGAUUUUAACCAUCACCUGGCCUGUAAAUAUGGACAAUGAAGAUUAUCCUUUGAUCAGACAUGGAUCUUACUGGAAGAAAUUUCGAUCAAACUUCUGUGAAUUCACAUCAGUUUUGGUCCAACAGUGUCAAUACAGUGUGUUAUAUGAUGGUUAUUUGUUCAACACCAUCAUAUCACUACUCCUUGGACUGACAGAUUCCUGUGUUAGAGCAUUCCGGCACACCAGCACACUGUCAGCUGUUAAGUUGCUGACUGCUCUGAUAAAAGUUAUUCUAAAUCUGGAUAUUAGUAAAGAUAAUUCUGAGAGGCUGUACAUGGUGGAGAAGAAACGAGUUUCAUUGAAAAGGACCAACCCAACACUUGAACAACUGGACAAGAAAAGGAAGAAGCUGCAACAAAAGCAUCAAGAAGUUGAAGACAUGAUGGAUGCAUUAUUUAAAGGAACUGUUUUGCAACGUUAUCGAGACGUGGUUCCAGAUGUUAGGGCUAUGUGCAUAGAAGAGCUGGGAAUAUGGAUGAAAAUGUACCCUCCAACCUAUCUGAAUGAUAGCUACUUGAAGUAUAUUGGGUGGAUGCUGUAUGAUAAGAUUCCAGAUGUACGCUUGAAAAGUCUUAUAGCUCUGCAGGGACUUUAUGAGAAAAAAGAUCUUGUUACCAAAAUGGAUCUUUUCACAGCAAGGUUUAAGGAACGCAUUAUAUCAAUGACUUUGGACAAAGAUCAGGAGGUGUCUGUUCAAGCGAUGAGGCUACUUGUUCACAUGUCAAAAAACUGUGAAGAUGUGUUUGGGAGUGAAGAUUGUGAGAUGUUGUACCAGUUUGUAUAUGCUACACACAGGCCACUGGCAACAGCAGCUGGAGAGUUUCUGUACACAAGGUAUUUGAUCCCAGGAGUAAGUUCACAGAAGACAAAAGGAUCUGAGAACAAUGUAAGGCUGUUAAGGAAGCUGCUGGAUUUCUUCCUCGAAAUUGAGUUGCAUGAGCACAUGACAUACCUUGUUGACAGUCUUUGGGAUUGCACACCAGGAUUUCUAAAGGAUUGGCAAUGUAUGACAUCCAUCCUCCUGCAAGAUAAGGAAAAAACAUCUUCUUUUUCAGGUUUAAAUGUGACACAAGAAAACCUUCUGGUGGAACUAAUACUAGCAACUGUUCGAGAAGCAAUGGAGGGCCAUCCACCUAUAGGCAGAGGAGCAGGCAGAAAGGUUCUCUCAGCCAAGGAAAAGAAAGCUCAACUGGAAGACAGACACAGGAUUACUGAACAUUUUGCAGCCACCAUUCCCUUGCUGCUGGCAAAGUUUUCAUCAGAUCCUGCUAAAAUAAUAAACCUCCUUCAAAUCCCACAAUAUUUUGAUAUGGAGCUUUAUUCCGAAACACAUAUGGAAAAGAAUUUGGAGGCUUUGUUAAAGCACAUGGAACACAUAGCUGUUAAUCAUUCAGAUGCAGGGGUGCUUGAAAUCUGUUCUAAGACAUACAGCAGCCUGAGUAAAGAGAACCUGGAAAUCCUUAGUGUGGUCAGCCUUUCCAAAAGACAAAUGAUUGACCAUCUCUUUGACAAUUUCAGCCAAAUGCUGGAUGAUAUUCUGCAGGAGGGAGAAAAGCCUCUGACUACAAAAGAUGUGCACCCCAUGUCCUGCACACUGAAAAGACUUGCAGCAUUUCACAAUGCUCAUAACCUUAGUCAGUGGGAUCUGUUCCAGAAGGCAUUUAAAUUAUUCGAGUUUGAUAUGGAGCAACAAAGAUUACCAGUACAGCUUUUGCUGCCUGCUUUCCAGUGUAUGUAUUAUGCCCUCCUUUGGCAGCUGAUAUCUGUCAUAGAAGAGCCAUACCAAAAGGAUGAAGCUAACAUACUUAGGACAAAGGUAAAUGACUUUUGUCAGCUUUGCAGGAAAUACUUGAAUCACAGAGAUCAGUUGGCGAGGGAGCAGUCUUUCCUUUCCUUGUGUGACCUACUUUUGUUGCUAAGUAACAGAAGAGGAGGGAUAUUUUACCAUGUGGAUUCAGCACUGGAGUCAGAGCUUCUCUCAUUUAUCCUUCAACAUGUCUUUCAAACUCCCCAAGCAGAAAAAGACAAAGGUGAUUUUACAAUGUCUGCAGAUAAAGAUGAGGACGCAACCCUGAUCAUUCUACACAGGAGAAGGAUGCUGCUGGCUCUUUAUUGCAAAAUGAUAACCUCCAGUGUAGUAGAGAUGUCAGCUGUAGCAGAGAUUUACAAGCAUUAUAUGAAGACCUACAAUGACUUUGGUGAUAUAAUUAAGGAAACCUUGAGUAGAACAAGACAGAUCAACAGAAUAGAGAGUGCAAAAACAUUGGUCCUUUGUUUGAAAAAGCUGUUUCUGGAGCACAGAGAAGCACAUGACAGUGCCACCCCGUCCCCCACGUCAUUCACUAACAUAAAGGAGCUGGCUCGCCGCUUUUCUCUAACGUUUGGCAUGGACCACGUGAAAUCCAGAGAAUCUAUUGCUAUGAUGCACAAGCAAGGAAUUGAAUUUGCUUUCAAAGAGUCAGCAAAAGAAGAUGGUCUACCACCUCCUAACUUGCCAUUCCUUGUCCUCAUCAGUGAAUUCUCCAAUAAACUCCUUCGAGCUGACAAGAGGCUGGUGUAUGGUUACUUACAGAGGUUUGACAAUUGGCACAUGAUGCAUAAAGGAUCUGAAUGGAAUCCACUGGUCAUGUACAGUAAUUCUCUGUUAGAUAACCAUGAUGAAGAAAGUUCUCUAACAGGCAGUGCCUUUUCUAGAGACCAUUUGAUUUCGGGCACAUCCCAACAGUUAAAAAGAAAAUCAACUUAUGAGCACAUUCCGAGAAACAGCAUGGAAGACAAGAGUGCAUUUCAUGAACAGAACUCCCAUUAUUCCGCUAAAAGCAAGAGACCAGGAAUGCUCCAAGAGCAGACAUCAGAAGACAUUUCAUCAGUGAAUAGUUUACAAUCUCCGAACAAAGUGAAAAGUUUAAAUGCACAUGUGGAUGAAAGCAAUGAAGAUGUAGAUGUUGAUGAAAUGGAUACAAAUGAGGAGCUUACUACUCUUUGAAUAAAAGAAUCAGAAGAUGUUACAGAACAGAGGUCUGUGUAGUACCUUAUUACUUGCCCAUCAAAAAAAGUACUUGUAAAAAGCAGAAGAAAUAAGCUGAAAUACUGUCUUCAUGGGACGAUGCUACAUUUCUCACCACAUUUAGACUCAGGUUUUUCCAUAUAGGACUGUAAUUUGUGUGCAUGCGUCUCACUGCAACCACAAUGACUGUCAUAGAUUUUCUUAUUGUGUACAAUGUACAGAUUUUAUUUUAAAAUGAACUGUAUACUUUUUGCAAUAAAUACAAUUCUUUUGAUAA